GGAAGUGGGUUUCGUUAUUCUAUGCUGCUAGUCACUGUCAGUAUCCACCAACCGCGCGGUAGCUAGCUAGCAAGGGAGUAAAAUGCUAGAAAUGGCGAUGACAGUAAGGGAGCAGCAUGAUUUGCUGUAAAAUGGUUUAAAGUCAUAUUGUCAAAACACUGGUGGCAAAAUGAGAAUGACGUCCAAGUAGGCCAUCAUUGUUAACGGUUACUAACACCCCGUCACAUCUUCUUGGGAGAGUUUUCAUCUCAUCGGAGGAGGGGAGAAAAUCUCACCGGAAGCAUGGCUUCUCACAGCAACCAGUACAUCUUUGGGGAAUUUAGCCCUGACGAAAUCAAUCAGUUCUUUGUAACUCCACGCUGUUAUGUUGAGCUUCCUCCAUUCAAUGACAAAGUCCCCUGUGUCAGUCAGUCAACUGGAAGUCACUGCACUCCUGCUGUACCUUACAUUAUGGAGUCUUUGAGACGGCAGGUUUGCGCAGAAGACUACCAGCCCAUUGCGUUUGGCGUGGACGAGGUGAUGGACACUACUCCCAUUGGGGUGAAGGACCCCCUCUUCAAGGUGUCCAGCACCCUCAACCCCCAGGCCCCAGAGUUCAUCCUGGGCUGCCCAUCGACACAGACCUCCCUGCAGGCCGCCGGCCCGCCGGCCGACGUGAUGGACUGCGUCCACUUCGACAUGCUGGACGGUCCAGACUCCAUGGCAUCCGCUGUCGCCAAUCACCAGGACUGCCAGGAUGGGCCGGACUGCCAGGAUGGGCCGGACUGCCAGGAUGGGCCGGACUGCCAGGACGGGCCGGACUGCCAGGACGGGCCCGACGGCCCGGACGGGCAGGACUGCCAGGACGGGCCCGACGGCCAGGACAUGGACGGCAUGUCUGGAGGCCUCGGGCCUCGGGAGAGAAGGAAAAAGAAAAAACGUCCCCCGGGAUACUACAACUACCUUGAGGGGUCUCCCGGGUACGGCGGGGGCGGUGGAACAAUGGCAGACGGCCUGCCCGUGCCAGGGCUGCUGAAUGGACAUGCACUCGGUGCCCCAAACCACGGUGUUGACAAUGUGGUUGCCCAAGUGCUGUCGGGCGCCGAACUCUGUUCCUCUGGCCCCGUCUCUGUUGCCACACCGACGGCUGCGGCGGCGCAAGCCAGUUUUGCCCCCGCGGCCACAGUCGACCAGAGGACUUGUGUUAGCCCUGGCCUCUCCUCUUUGGACUUAACGGGCCGAGCCGCCUCUUUAUUGGACGGUAACCACGCGGCGUCCUCGUCGUCCGCCUCCUCUCAGAGCAGCGGGCUGACCGAGGAGCCCCCGGCGGCCGAUCAGCAGCCAGACCUUUUGAGCCGCCAGAGCCCCAAGCGCCCGGACAGCGGUACACAGAGCCCCUUCCCCUGCCCGGUGUCCCCCGUACCCCCCGCGGCGUCAGCGGCCGGCCCCCUACCCUCCUCGGAACCCGCCGCCCCCCCGCCGCCGGAGGAGGCCGGGGACUUCGGGGUGGCCAACGGGCUGGCCGGACCCGACGCCGUGGACGGCACGGAGGGGCCCGCGGAGGAGCGGUGCGAGGCGUCGGGGCCCGUUCAGCCGGCUUCCCCAGACUCUGCGGCCCCGCUUGUGUCCGAGCAGCUUCACGCGUCGUCCGCCCCUUCGGCCAACCCUCCCAAAUCCUGGGCUAGCCUUUUCCACAAGUCCAAGCCUCCGCCUGGGGGCCCUCAGGCGUUUGUGGAGGUGAAGAACGUGGUGGAGGUCGUGGCGCCCUCCCCUGUGGUGCCAAAGCAACCGGAGAAAGCCGGGGAGGUCAAAGAGAGCCCUGUCCAUGUGUCAGAGGAUCCUUUGGCCCCUAAACUUGCAGAACUUAUUGACAAUGUGAAGUUGAUACACAAACCAGUGUCUUUACAACCAAGGGGACUGAUCAACAAGGGGAACUGGUGUUAUAUCAACGCUACCCUACAGGCGCUGAUUGCAUGCCCACCCAUGUAUCACUUAAUGAAGUCCAUUCCUCUGCAUAAUGACUCCAAGAGACUUUGCACCUCCACACCCAUGAUAGACAACUUUGUUAGGCUUGUAAAUGAGUUCAACAACAUGCCCGUGCCAUCAAAACCCAAACAUCAAGCUGCUGGUGAUAAGCUAGUGAAAGACAUUCGACCAGGUGUACCCUUUGAGCCAACGUACAUUUAUAGGCUACUUACACUCAUCAAGUCAAGUCUCUCCGAGAAGGGUCGGCAAGAGGAUGCAGAGGAGUACCUCGGCUUCACCCUCAACGGACUGCACGAGGAGAUGCUGGCCUUGAAGAAACUCAUCUCGCCUCAUGAAGACGAAUCCCCAACCCGCAAUGGGCCCGCGGCCCAGCCCGAAGAGGACCAGGCUGCGGACAAACAGGAGGAAGAGAGCGAGGAGGAGUGGGAGCAGGUCGGACCCCGAAACAAGACCUCCAUCACACGCCAAGCUGACUUUGUCAGCACUCCCAUCACUGAUAUUUUUGGGGGACACAUCAGAUCCGUGGUGUACCAGCAGAACUCUAAGGAGUCAGCCACCUUGCAGCCCUUCUUCACCCUGCAGCUGGACAUCCAGUCCGAGAAGAUCCGCACGGUUCAGGAGGCCCUGGAAACCCUGGUGGCCCGGGAGUCGGUCCAGGGCUACACCUCCAAGACUAAGCAGGAGAUUGAGAUCAGUCGGAGAGUGACUCUGGAAGAGUUGCCCCCGGUGCUGGUUCUCCAUCUCAAGAGGUUUGUGUUUGAGAAGACUGGAGGAUGCCAGAAGCUGACCAAACACAUUGACUACCCUGUCGAUCUGGAAAUCAGCAAAGAUCUGUUAUCCACUGGAGUGCGGAGUAAAGUGGUGAAAGGCCUCAGAAUGUAUAGGCUAUUUGCAGUUGUCUAUCACCACGGAAACAGUGCAACGGGCGGCCAUUACACUACAGAUGUCUUCCACAUUGGUCUGAACGGCUGGCUGCGCAUCGACGACCAGGCUGUUAAAGUUAUCAACCAGUACCACGUGGUGAAGCAAUCUGCGGAGCGCAGUGCAUACCUGCUGUACUACCGCCGGGUGGACCUGCUGUAGACGUCCCUGCUCCCCCCUCCAACCCCCACACUAACAAACACUCACACACACACACAAACGCACACACCUGCCCAUUCACACCCAACACGACAGUUCUCAACUUUUUUAGACACCAGUUUCAAAUUGCUCUCGACUACACUCAGAUUCUCACAUGCACACCCCAUGAACAAGAACACUGCCCUCUUCUCUUACAAGUUUGAUUUCUUCUCUU